CCGGGCGCCGGGGAGCAGCGCAGCGGCCCGGGAGGCCGGCCGCCCACUGGAGACCGCAGCCGCCGGUUCUUGGCUCUGGGAUGUCGGAGGGAUUCUGGCAUCCAGGACGCUGACGGUGCGAGCCCGAGGAUGGGACGGCGCCCGCAGCUCCGGCUUGUGAAGGCUCUUCUCCUCCUGGGGCUGAACCCCGUGUCCACCUCCCUACAGGAUCAGCGCUGUGAGAGCCUGUCCCUGGCCAGCAAUGUCUCUGGCCUGCAUUGCAAUGCCUCCGUGGACCUCAUUGGCACCUGCUGGCCCAGGAGCCCUGCAGGGCAGCUGGUGGUUCGGCCGUGCCCUGCCUUUUUCUACGGUGUCCGCUACAACACGACAAACAAUGGCUACCGGGAGUGCCUGGCCAACGGCAGCUGGGCGGCCCGCGUGAAUUACUCCGAGUGCCAGGAGAUUCUCAACGAAGAGAAGAAGAGCAAAGUGCACUACCACAUCGCCGUCAUCAUCAACUACCUGGGCCACUGCAUCUCCCUGGUAGCCCUCCUAGUGGCCUUUGUCCUCUUUCUGCGGCUCAGGAGCAUCCGGUGCCUGAGAAACAUCAUCCACUGGAACCUCAUCUCGGCUUUCAUCCUGCGCAAUGCCACGUGGUUUGUGGUCCAGCUCACCAUGAACCCCGAGGUCCACCAGAGCAAUGUGGGAUGGUGCAGGCUGGUGACGGCUGCCUACAACUAUUUCCACGUCACCAACUUCUUCUGGAUGUUUGGUGAGGGCUGCUACCUACACACUGCCAUUGUGCUCACCUACUCCACCGACCGGCUGCGUAAAUGGAUGUUCAUCUGCAUCGGCUGGGGUGUACCUUUCCCCAUCAUUGUGGCAUGGGCCAUCGGGAAGCUGUACUACGACAAUGAAAAGUGCUGGUUUGGCAAACGUCCUGGAGUGUACACUGACUACAUCUACCAGGGCCCCAUGAUCCUGGUCCUGCUGAUCAACUUUAUCUUUCUCUUCAACAUUGUCCGCAUCCUCAUGACCAAACUCCGGGCAUCCACCACGUCUGAGACUAUUCAGUACAGGAAGGCUGUGAAGGCCACUCUGGUGUUGCUGCCCCUGCUGGGAAUCACCUACAUGCUAUUCUUCGUCAACCCUGGAGAGGACGAGGUCUCCAGGAUUGUCUUCAUCUACUUCAAUUCUUUUCUGGAAUCCUUUCAGGGCUUCUUCGUAUCUGUGUUCUACUGUUUUCUGAACAGUGAGGUCCGCUCUGCUAUCCGGAAGAGGUGGCAUCGGUGGCAGGACAAGCACUCUAUCAGAGCCCGUGUGGCCCGUGCCAUGUCCAUCCCCACCUCCCCCACCAGAGUCAGCUUCCACAGCAUCAAGCAGUCAUCAGCAGUGUGAGCUACAGACCCAGAGCAGCCCCCAGGACCUGAGGCUGGGACAAUGAUGCAAGCUCGCAGGCAAGCCUGUCUGCAGAGGCGAUUGGCCUUCCCGUUCCUACCCCUGGGCUGCAGCGCUGAGAGCCGGCCCAGUCAUAGGCGAUAGCUCACAGCACUGGGCUGGGCCCACAGUAGCCAGCUGCCUGCUGCCCCUUCUUCUUGGAGAAUGGAAAUGGAGACCGGGGGCUGGAAAUCCUGAAGCAGUUUCAUGGACGCUGUGAGAGCUGUCUUCUCCCAGAGCAGUUCACUGAAGAUGGGCAGUCUUCAGCAGCUGUAGGGAGGCCGCUUGCUACCCCGGGGCAUCAUGGGAAACUCUCUUCUGUGACUGUGAUGCCUCUGAGUCUUUGCUCGCUACUGAGAACCAAUGCCACACGGUCCAGUCAGGAGAGCUGGAGACAGCAAUAGAAGUCUGGUGACUUCAGACAGCAUUCCACAGCUGUGGGAGCCACUCCUGAGCCGCCAGAAUGUCAUCAGCACGGUGGCACUGCCACGGGAAGGCCCUGCCUUGCUGCCUUGCACCCUUGGAUGUUCACUGUCCUACAGGCCAAUCCAGCUUUCUGUCACUUACUCUCCGCAGCAACGGUCUCCUUGCCCCAAACUCCCACCUCCUGCCUCUGGAUGGCUUCUGAUUUGUGACAAGAUGGUGGUUGGGAAGGGGACUGAGUUGUUCAUGACAGGGAAUCAGAGUGGCCCAGCCUCUGAGGAAGUAGUGGCCCCUGGGUGCCUAGGCCACUGGCUUCAUUGGCUGGCCUCUGCAAUGUGCUCACGGACUGAGUGACGCAAGAAGGGCCCUCUGCUCAAGUUCCCUGAACUGGGACAGGUGGCUCUCAGGACAGCUAACUGACAGACCCCUUACUCCUGGGUAUGGAAUGGCCCAGCCCUAACUGUGUCAGAGGGCUGAGAAGCUACAGCAGGACUGAGGUGGG